AGAGGACAGCGCCCUGCCCUGGGUGGCAGCGAUGGAGCCGCUGUUCGCCACCUCCAGGCCAGCCGGCUGGAAUGCCUCGGCGGCCGCCGGCGGCACCGGUGACGGCGGGGAGAACGGGACGAUGGCCGGGCCGGUGUCCUCGCCAGGGGCCCGUGCGGUGGUGGUGCCCGUGCUCUACCUGCUGGUGUGCGCGGUGGGGCUGGGGGGCAACGCGCUGGUCAUCUACGUGGUGCUGCGCCAUGCCAAGAUGAAGACCGUCACCAACAUCUACAUCCUCAACCUGGCGGUGGCCGACGUGCUGCUCAUGCUGGGGCUGCCCUUCCUGGCCACGCAGAACGCCGUCUCCUACUGGCCCUUCGGGCCCGUGCUGUGCCGCCUGGUGAUGACGCUGGACGGCAUCAACCAGUUCACCAGCAUCUUCUGCCUGACCAUCAUGAGCGUGGACCGCUACCUGGCCGUGGUCCACCCCAUCCGCUCCACGCAGUGGCGCCGCCCGCGGGUGGCCAGGCUGGCCAGCGCCGCGGUCUGGGCCUUCUCGCUGCUCAUGUCGCUGCCCCUGGUGGUCUUCGCGGACAUCCAGGAGGGCUGGGACACCUGCAACCUCAGCUGGCCGGAGCCCGUGGGCCUGUGGGGCGCCGUCUUCAUCAUCUACACGUCGGUCCUGGGCUUCUUCGGGCCGCUGCUGGUCAUCUGCCUGUGCUACCUGCUCAUCGUGGUGAAGGUGAAGGCGUCCGGCGUGCGGGUGGGCUCCGCCCGGCGGCGCUCGGAGCGCAAGGUGACCCGCAUGGUGGUGGUGGUGGUGCUGGUGUUCGUGGGCUGCUGGCUGCCCUUCUUCAUCAUCAACAUCGUCAACCUGGCCGUGGUCCUGCCCGCGGAGCCCGCCGCCGCCGGCGUCUACUUCUUCGUGGUCAUCCUGUCCUACGCCAACAGCUGUGCCAACCCCGUGCUCUACGGCUUCCUCUCCGACAACUUCCGCCAGAGCUUCCGGAAGGUCCUGUGCUUCCGGAGGGGCGACGGCGCCGAGGACGCGGAUGCCACAGAGCCACGGCCCGACAAGAGCAGCCGGCUGCAGGAGGCCACGCUGGCUGCAUGCAGCUCGGAGGCCAACGGGCUCAUGCAGACCAGUAGGCUGUGAGGGGAGCCGAUGGGCCACGCCCGGUCUGGGGUUCCUGCUGGGCCAAGCCCUUCCCUGAGAUUCGGGGACCUGCUGAGGUUGCUCCCCAGCAGCUUGAAUACUCUCUGUGGUGUGAGGGCAGCUGUCUGGAAGGGGGCUGAGGCUGGUCCUGCCAUGGCAAGCUGCCACUCCACCUGUCUGUUCUUGCUGGGCAAACUGGGGUUACGGGGCUUCAGGGGUGGGGUGGGUGGGAGAGGACCUGGGGUUCCAGGCAACAGUCAGGCCAUCUCGGCCCUCUGGUCCUGCCCCGGCCUGUGUCAGCCUCCCAGGCCGGAGGAUGGUCGUUAGUGUGACCGGGUGACCACCCUCCAGCCUCCACCCUCUUGUCAGCCCUGUGCCACCUGGUCAGCCACCUGGUCAGCGUCACGUGCUACACCCUGAAACUAAAGACUCCGAUGUGCUGGCUUCUGGCCUGUACCCCCUGGCUCAGGCACCUGGGGGCUGGCUGACUUUGGACAUGGCAGGUGUGAAGAACAGAAGCUGUGAAUGGCCCAGGGCAGUGGCAAAGGGUGAUGGAUGCAGCUGGCCCACCUCUGCUGCUGCACUUCCCUUCCGCUGCCCACAGUCCCCAGGGGCAGCGAGGGGCGGAGCCAUGGCUCCCAUGGUGGGAUUCGGUGGGGAAGGCACCAAGUGCAGAGGGAGAGGGAGGAGCCGAGGUGGGGGUGGACUGUCACCGCAGUUUCUGGGUUUGUGGGUGGGCGCACAGGUGUGCAGAGGGGCUCAGUGCAGGGGGCCUAGGUCGCUGGGAGGGGCUGUCCUGGGAGGGGCCAGUGAGGACAGGGAACCUAUAGCUCUCUCUUCUGCUCACAGAGGGACUUUGGGCUGGAGAGGGAGGGGGAUGAACGUAGAAGAGGAGAAAUAUCCAGACAGCAGCGGGGGGAGCGGCCUCGCAGUGCAAAUAGCAGCCGGCCUAGAAAGGCUGUGUGGGCAGAUGCAAAUGCCAGCAAAUGCCAGGCCCCUGAGGAAUUCCGCACCCCCCAGACCAGAGUGGUCCCACCUGCCCUCCAGCAGUACCGGCAGUCCCCCUACUCCAGGCCCACACCUGGGGCCCAUAGCUCACUGCCUGCGCCUCGCUGGGGUCCUGGUGCCGCUGGCCUCUCUCCAAGGCUGGAAGGCAAAGGACCAGGGCACAGGGCUGACUCCACCCGCGGACCCCCUGCCUGGGACAGCCCUGGCCGGUGCCACCUCACUUGAGCUUCUGUCUGCCCAAAGCAGGAACCCACCCUCAGGAGGGCACAAGGGGCAGGGGGAGCUGGGCCGGGCAGGGGAAGGCCAGUCAGCACGGCUGGACCCCGCUGAUCCCAGACGGAGGCCAAACCCUGGAAACGUGGCGGUGUAAGGAGGGCGCUCGUGUUUGACAACCACUCUCCUGAAUAAAUUAGAGAAUAAAGGCUUGACUCUUUCCCAGAGCAAAUAUUGUCCCCGGAGCCGAGAAGCCAAUGCAAAUCAGAGCUGGUGGACAGGAGGAGGCAGGACCGGCGUGGGCAAACACCAGCUAGAAGUGACCAGUGGGCACUUAGAUGAUGCCAU